AACUCCAUAGUGCCUCAUGAAGCCCAAAAGCUAAAUCUUGAAAAUUGAAUCCCAAUCGUCAGUUGAACCAUAUUUGUCGCCCAAAGAGCACGUCAACCACGACUAACACUAGAGAAAGACAGUACUAAUUAAGAAACCUCUUUUUGCUCCUCACUGACCACUAUGCGUCAGUGAGAGUUGAGAUGAUCCGGAGAUAGAACCACUGUAAAAGUGCUGUUGGAAUUUCUGCGCAAAAAAUUCAUCACCCGUUGGACAUUUUCAUAUCAAACAAUUAGCAAAAGUAGCAAUAGCUCCACGGAAGAGCACUGUUGAACCCAUAGAAACCAAAAUCCUUUGAAGUGCGCGCUGUGUGUCCGAGUGCUUUUCCCACAGAUUUUCAACUCUUUUCCCAUAACCUUCUUUCGCUUGUAGUUUUUUUUAUCAUCAGAGAUUUUUCCUCGUUGUGUGAAGAGACGGUUGCUGGAAAACGUGGGCAGCAGAGAAAAAAAGAGGAGGACAUCAGAAAAAUCUCCGUCAGCAUUUUUCAUUUUCCGCAUCCAGGCACUAAAAGGACUUUAUCAAAGUGAAAGUGUGCACGAGUGACAAAGUGGAGGAAGAAACGGAUAAUUCUGCUCAAAUAUCGAACAAGAGGGUGACACUCUUAUCUUAUUUGCCAUUGACAUAAAGUAUUGAGGUAUAUAUGGCAAUUUGUCAUAAGAAUCGCCAUGAAAUACUAAAGUGAUGCCUCUGUUAUUGCUAAAUGGAUCACUAAAUUGCCCAAUGGGAAAAAAUUGAACCAGUGAGUUUGACAUUGAGGGGACGAAAAAUAGGACAAAAUCGUAGAAAAACCCGCACCAUUCAAGGGCAGAUUAACCCCAAAUCAUUGGGGAUGGAUUUGUGGCUGUGUCAUCCCGGCAACAUGCCGGAUUAUUUUACCAGCAAUCACCCACGGAGACGUCUCAAGAUAUCGGGUCACGCCAACAAUCCAUCUAAAGCAACUCAAUGUUGAAAAGUUGUUGAGCACAACAAUUUUUCUCACCUAUUGUAUACCACCCUUUAAGACAAAAAGUGUGAUAAAAAUUUAAUUAAAUUCCUUCCGUUGUGCUUUGGUUGAACGUGAGAAAAGUUAAUUUAAUAAAGUGAUUCAAAGUCAACCCUUUUCUGUAUUGCAAAAGAGAAAAGGCACAUUUUUGGUGUGCUGAAAAAAAAAGAAAAAAAAAAAACAAAAAGAAGCAAGAGGAAAGAAAAACAACAUUUUGAACGCGAUAAGUGGUGAAACUGAGAGUGAAUGUCCUCAAGGGUGGAACAAAAAUGUUAAAUAAAGUGAAAAAUAAGGGUGACCAGUGAAUUGAACAAUCGUGAAUAAUUGAUCGUGAGGGAAAUGCCAUGGAGUUGUGGAUUAUUUUUCCUGUGAGCUUACUAACCCUUCUAGUCAACGUGAUAGGAUUCAUUAAUGUGGAGGCGCCCAGCUACUGGGACACCCCCUUCGCUCAACCCUACUUUGACAACACAACGAAACGAGACCUCACCGCCACCGUAGGCCAAGUGGCUCUUUUGCGCUGCCGUGUCCGUAAUCUUGGCGAUAGAGCGGUAUCCUGGAUACGUAAACGUGACCUGCACAUUCUCACAAUUGGCAUCAUGACAUACACAAAUGAUCAACGAUUCCAGAGUCACCACACGGAGGGCUCAGAUGAGUGGACACUGAAGAUUUCAUCACCACAACUUAGAGAUUCGGGAAUAUAUGAAUGCCAAGUAUCAACAGAACCGAAAAUUAGUAUGGCAUUCAGGCUGACCGUUGUAGUGUCGAAAGCUAAAAUUCUGGGAAAUCCUGAACUAUUCAUCAAGAGUGGCAGCGACAUAAAUCUCACGUGUGUCGCCAUCCAAGCACCAGCACCACCAUCCUUUAUUUACUGGUACAAGGACGGGCGCCUUAUAAACUAUUCCCAACGAGGUGGCAUCAAUGUUCUCACUGAACGACAGACACGCACGAGCAAACUCGUGAUUGCACGCGCCACACCCGCCGAUUCUGGCAAUUACACCUGCUCCCCAAGCAAUUCGGGUGAGUUCAUCGACCUGUAUUAUAGAAGUGACGGGGUCAUCCCAUGGUCUUGGCUUCCAGAUCAGGCCAGUGUCGUGGUGCACGUGAUCAAGAGCGAGCACCGCGCUGCCAUGCAGCACGAGACCAGCGCUUCGCCAUCCCCGUACAGAUGGUCAGCGCUCAUUUUUCUUGCCAUACUCAUUUGUAGUAUCAGAUGAUGAGUGUGCGCCACCAACUAAAGAGCACUACCGUGCCGUUUCUACAACUGGCCCAAAUCAAAGAACUGAUAGAUGUGAACGACUGGCACUUGAGAAAUGAAACACCGAGAAAGAUGCUGUAUUUCCUGGAAUUUCGUAUCGAAGCUUUCCUCUUCGAGAUAUUCCGGUCAUCUCCCUUAGCAGGACUUACUAAAGAUAUUUAUAUCUCUUAGUUGCGAUAAUUCCCCAUUGAAAAAAAAGACAGAAAGUAAUAGCAAAUAACAAUAGGAUAUAGCAAAUGAAAUGAAUUGGUCAUUUGCAUGGAAAAUUCGUUAAUCAACAAGUUAAAACCACACUGAAACAUUUUACGCGUAGGUCCUCCUAUACAAUAAUUAGCUCUUAAUGAAAACAUUCAUUAGAUUACUUAAGGAACAUUUUGAUGGAGAUAAAAUGGAUGAAAUCGACAUGUUUACACCCCCUAAUAUCUGUGUACCAUUUUUAAAUAAUGUGAUAUGCGCAUUUGAUUAAUCUCUCAAAUAUAGUGAAAUCUUCUAUUAAA